AUGGCUGAGAGGCUGGAGUGGGUGGAGAUCAUUGAGCCGCGGACGCGCGAGCGCAUGUACGCCAACCUGCACGGCGAGUGCGUGUGGGACCCGCCGCCUGGCGUGCGUAUCAAGCGCACGGGCGACAACCAGUGGUGGGAGCUGUUCGACCCCAACACGUCGCGCUUCUACUACUACAACGCCUCCACGCAGCGCACCGUGUGGCACCGGCCGGCCGCCUGCGACAUCAUCCCCCUGGCCAAGCUGCAGACGCUCAAGCAGCACACCGACGCCGCCGCCGCCGCGCCCCGCGGGGGGGGAGGAGGAGGAGGGGGGGGAAGGGCGUCGGCCGACAACAGCCCGGGGAGGAACAGCGGCGUGAGCAGGGAGGGGAGCACGUCGUCCUCGCUGGACCAGGAGCUGAGCGACAAACAGGCCAGCCGGGAGGACACGGACAGGACCUCUCCGUUUCGAUGGAACACCGGCACCAAGGAGCGCAUGCUCAUCAAGGUGACGGACCGCGAGCCCAGCUUCCUGUCCCACCAGGGGAACGGCUACUCCCCCUGCGACCCCCCGACCCCGGCCGUCCCCUCGGGGGGGGGCACGGCCCCCCGGGCGCGGCGCUCCUCCGGUGGCGCGUCCGAGCCCGACGGCUCCCCCGCCCUGUACGCGGAGCGCCGCCAGUCGCCCUUCCUCAAGCGGGCGGAGCUGGGCGGCACGGGCACCCACCGCCGCUCCUCGGGCGACUCGCAGCCCCCGUCGCCCCGCUACGCCUACGAGCCCCCCCUGUACGAGGAGCCCCCCUCGGAGUGCCAGCCGCCGCCCCCCCCCAUCUACGAGGAGCCGCCCACCGACCUCCGCGGCCACGCCGACGCCUCCGCCCCGUACGGCACGGGCAAGUCGCCCGCCCGCAAGCCCUACCACUCGCCCAAGCAGAGCCACUCCCCCUACGGCCAGCUGGUGCUCACCCGGCAGAAGUGUCCGGAAAAGACCCAGAGCCUCGAGUACAGCCCCGCCGGGAAGGAGUACGUCAAACAGCUGGUCUACGUGGAGCAGUCCUCCUCCAGCCCGCGCUUCAAGACGGCCGACCGCCUGCUCCGCUACGGCGCCUCCCCGGGCGGCUACGGGGGCUCGUACGGCGGCUCGUACACCCUGCAGCACAGCCAGUCCCUCAUCCGGGACCCGCGGCUACUGCUGGACUACGGCGGCGAGGGCGGCGAGGGAGGCCAGAGGCUGCUGUACGAGGACAGCAUGUCCUGGAGCUCCAGCCAGCAUCACUCGCUCUCCUCCGCCGGCGCCGGCGGCUUCUCCUCCUCCCCCGGGGGGAACCGCAAGCGCAAGAGCCGCAAGCCCUCGCUGCCCCCGGAGCUGGGGCGCGGCGGCGGGGAGGGCGGGGAGCGCGAGGGCAGCGGGACUCUGUCAGAGGCGGUGGCGGCGCAGGCGAGGCUGGCGUGGGAGGCGCAGCAGGUGAUGAAGCAGAGGAGCAGCUGGGAUUCGGGGCAGGGCGGGGGCGGAGGAGCCGGGGUCCUGGGAAGCAGGGGCUCCAAGGACGGCUACGAGAGCGACGGGGCCAUGCCCCCGCCCCUGCCCGGCCCGGUGGUGAGGGCAUUUAGCGAGGACGAGGCGCUGGCCCAGAGCGACGGCCACCACUGGAAGAGGAGCACUUUCGACCGGCUGGGCUUCCCCCACGCCCUGCUGGAGAAGAGCCUCUCCGUCCAGACCAACCUGGCCUCGCCCGAGCCUUACCUACACCCCUCGCAGUCGGAGGACCUGGGUGCGUGUGCCCAGUUUGAGGCGAGCAGGAACGCCCGCAACAUGAUGCCCAGCGCCAGCUGCGGCGUCUUCCCCGAGUUCACGCUGCGCAAGCCGUCCUCGGAGACCGACAUCGAGAACUGGGCGUCCAAGCACUUCAACAAACACACUCAGGGUCUGUUCCGGAGGAAGGUGUCCAUCGCCAACAUGCUGGCGUGGAGCAGCGAGCCCAUCAAGAAGCCCAUGAUCGUGACGUCUGACCGCAUGGUGAAGAAGGAGGCGGUGGAGAUCUUCAAGCUGGUGCAGACCUACAUGGGGGACCGGCGCUCCAAGAUCCACCCCCUCGCCGUGGCCCUGGAGGUGGCGGUGCGCGGCUGGAGCAGCCAGGGCCUGCGUGACGAGCUCUACAUCCAGCUGUGCCGUCAGACCACGGAGAACUUCCGCUACGACAGCCUGGAGCGCGGCUGGGAGCUCAUGGCCGUGUGCCUGGCCUUCUUCCCCCCCACGCCCCGCUUCCACUCCUACCUGGAGGGCUACAUCUACAGGCACAUGGACCCCCUCAACGACACCAAGGGAGUGGCCAUCAGCAGUUAUGCCAAAUACUGCUACAGGAAAUUACAGAAGGCUGCUUUAACCGGAGCUAAGAAGGGUCUCCAGAAGCCCUGCCUGGAGGAGAUCAAGCACGCCAGGAACGCCAUCUUCAGCCCCUCCAUGUUCGGCUCCUCCCUGGAGGAAGUGAUGUCGCUGCAGAAGGAGCGCUACCCGGACCGGCAGCUGCCCUGGGUGCAGACCCGCCUGUCGGAGGAGGUGCUGGGCCUCAACGGGGACCAGACGGAGGGCAUCUUCAGGGUUCCCGGCGACAUCGACGAGGUCAACGCCCUCAAGCUCCAGGUGGACCAAUGGAAAAUCCCCACCGGACUGGAGGACCCACACAUCCCAGCGUCUCUCCUGAAGCUGUGGUACCGGGAGCUGGAGGAGCCUCUGAUCCCUCAUGAGUUCUACGAGGAGUGCAUCACCCACUACGACAGCCCCGAGGCCGCGGUCAACGUGGUGCUGGGCCUGCCUCACAUCAACAAGCUGGUUCUGUGUUACCUCAUCCGCUUCCUCCAGGUGUUUUCCCAGCCUGCCAACGUGGUGAUCACCAAGAUGGACGUGAACAACCUGGCCAUGGUCAUGGCCCCCAACUGCCUGCGCUGCCAGUCGGACGACCCCCGGAUCAUCUUCGAGAACACGCGCAAGGAGAUGUCCUUCAUCCGCGUGCUCAUCCAGCGCCUGGACACCAGCUUCAUGGACGGAAUGCUAUAGCCCCGCCGAGCACACACACACACACACACACCACAGUCCCCGUACACUCCCUCCCCGUACAUCCUCCCCCUGCUCACCCCUGCCCCGCCCGCGAAAGGGAAUCGCACCCCGAAACGUUCCCGCACUCGCUCCGCACUCACACGAACGCAAAGCUCACAGAGAAACCCGUGCAUACCCGUCACCAAACGCCCACGCGCGUCCUCGUGUCGCGUCCCUCUCAGCGUGACAGGCCGGCCGUUCAGGAAGUAGCCAAGAAAAAUACGCGGAAGAGGAAAAAAUAUACAAACCACAUGCAUAUACGACUCGUAUGCACGAUUCAAAUGAACUCGAUUACGGGGGAAGCGCGCACGUGGGAGGGAGAGGCAUGCAAAUCCAUGAAAACACGAAAGUAAACAAGCCAGGCGGUGGCUAACAUGCAAUGCGGACCAUGAACAGGGCCCAGUCCCCCCCCCCCCCCCUUCCUCCUCGUGUCAGCCCUCCCCGAACGAGGCCAGCGAGGAGUUCGGCUUCAGCUGGUCCUGAAGGUCGCGAUGCCCGAGCACUAGAAAAACGCCCCCUCCCUCCUCCAGGAACCCCCUGGAACUGAACCCGACUAUUUCUGCCCCCCGUCCGUCCGUCUCCCCUAAUACCUGUUGGUGGUAGAGAAUCCGUUGGUCCGCAGAUCUGUUGUGAGCUCCAAGCUGCUGUAGAAGAGCCGAAGGUCUCUGCUGUGGUUUGGAACCGUGGGGGGGGGGGGCUUACUGUAGAGGGGAUCACAGAAGCACUGCCAACUGGGGUCUGUCUCAGGAAGUGAUGUCAGACACCGUGCCACAGCUACGCCGGGACUUCCUUAAAAGACCCUCUAGAACUGUCGAUUCACCCCCUCACCCCGAUCUCUAGUUCGCACUCCCACCACCACCUGCACCCUGGAGACCAACAACCACACAACCUCUACCCCGGCCCCCAAACUCCCCCCAACCCUCCAUGGUCCCCUACUCACACCUUUCUACUCUCUCGUUACUACAAGUUGUGAAUGUGUCUUUAAAUAGAGCUCCGUCCACCCUGUCUGUCUGUGUUGUGGACAAAUGUUUUGUGUCACACGUUCGGACCGAGACACGUUUGAUUUUGUAUCGUUCCAGAACAAUUCUGUUCUUCGUUCGUUUGUUUUCGACAAAUCGCCGUGUUUGUUUGUAUGUAACAGAGUUCUAACAUGGUUUAACCCACCGUUGAUUUUUUUUUUUUAUAUAUAUGAUUUAAUUUAUUUAUAUUUAUUCGAGCAAAUAUUUCUUAAUGCCUUUUUUAGACUGUAUAGUUCAACAUUCAGCAUGGCUUUAUUCUCUUUUUACGUUUGAACACACACGUGUGCGUGCGUACGUGCUCGAGUGCGAGCGUGUUUCCGAACACUGUAGUGCAUCUACUGUACAUCACAUGUUCCUCCGCACAUACAUGUUGAUAUGUGACUCCGCACAUACAUGUUGAUAUGUGACUCUGUAAUGUACGUACGUCUGAGACCGAAGUCCUGCUGUACGAUUUGCAUUCCAUCGUUCCGAGACACGUCGAAUGGAUGGUUGUGAAAGCCUCGACUCUCUUAAACCUCUAAACCCUCUCUCUCUCUCUCACACACACACACACACACUGUCCUGACACUCCAUCCUUACGAGGUCAAAAGUAUUCUCACGCGUUACAAAAGCCUGCAUCGUUUUUUUUAUUCACACAGCGCAAGUAUGGUACGAGUGUGUAUUUGUGGUUUUGUAUUUUGUAUUUUCAUUUGGAUGCCAUGCUAGGAGUGCUGAAGCAAAGGAGUGAGGCCGAAGGUUAGGGAGUAAAGGGAGGGGGGGGGGGAUUGUGUCCCGUGCUAAUUCACUCCACCCUGCUACUCUCACACACACACCACACACGGCAUUGGGCACUUGUACAUCAAGGCACUGUACAGAUCGGUGUGCAAAAACAAGUUCAGACUAGUGAAAAGAGCCUCAUACGAUUCAAGGGUGACCGCAGUGUAAACGUAUUGUAACAACAGGGUGUUCUGUUUUAGUUCUUUUUGAAAGGUAAGAAAGGUAUUUCUUUAGUAGAGUUAAAGAACGUUUGGGCCAUCCACAUUUGCUAUAGUGAAGUGUUUCCCCACCAAACCAUUCAAAACCUUUUGGCCCCUUAAGAGCUGAAACCACAUCUAAAAUUACAAACUCUGGGCUUGGGAAACAAGUGUAAAAUACAGUGUGUUGUGAUGUUUGUGUGUGUGUGUGUGUAUGUGUGCGUGUGUGCAAGGCUGUGUUUGUGUGUGUGUGUGUUUGUCUAAGAGAUGGUAGUAGAUAGAAUAGAAUGCAGUUAUGUCAUGCUUUGACCCAGCAAAUUGACCAAUCAGCAUGCAGAACUAGGGUCUUCACUCUUUUUAAACA